GUCGAGCUGCGUGGAGUAUGUGUACGUGAUUUUGUGUUGUUGUUAUUCCGGCUAUCAAAUACAUAUACACACCGGAUCGCUUAGAUUUUUCUUUUGAUCCGAAUAAUCUUUAACGGUGAUCGAUCGAUACGUCAAUCGACGGAUAAAACUGCGAGGAAACAUACGCGAAUCGGGCUUAUCUCGAAACUGUCGCAACAAGUCAAAUGGGAGUUGGAAAUCAGUGUUGACACCGUCGGUUCUGGGAUUCAUCUUACCACGAGCCGUGCAACAAGAACCAUGCUUGGAAAAGGGGAGAAAAGGAGCUCGGAGAAAUCGACGGACAUGUGAUCGGUUCUCUUGGAAGCUACGUAACGGUUCCGUGUCAAGAUGGAGCGGCGGUGGUCGGCGCUGGUAGCGACACUGGGGAUAUUGGUCGCGACCGUAUGCGCCGUCGACGACUUUCGACAAAUCUCCUACGAAGAUUUGGCGAACACUACCCUGUUCCAACAGGAGGGCGUGACAACGUACUCCCAGUUGCUGUUCGAUGUUGCCAGGCAGCAGGUCGUCGUGGGAGCACGGGAUAAUCUGUACCGAUUGACUUUAACGUCGCUGACGGCCCUCGAACACGCCAGCUGGUCCGCGCCAGACGACAAAACCAACACGUGUCAAAACAAGGGCCAGACCGUCGAGGACUGUCGCAACUACGUGAAGGUACUUCUCAGCAAUGGCAAAAGUCUGUUCACCUGCGGCACUUACGCAUUCAGCCCUUGGUGCACGUGGCGAGAGAUCGAGAACAUCACCAGCAUCACCAGCGAGAUGUCGGGCGUGGCAAUGUGCCCGUACUCGCCGCACGCGAACGUCACCGCGCUGCUCGCCAGAGGACCGACAGGAGGGCUUUUCACCGGUGCGCCGACAGACUUUUCCGGUGCCGAUCCCGCAAUCUGUAGAACUCUCGCCUCGCCGAAUCUCCGCACCCACCAAUACGACUCCAGGUGGUUAAACGAUCCACAGUUCGUUGGCAGUUUCGAAACCGAGGAUCACGUCUACUUCUUGUUUCGCGAAUCCGCCGUCGAGUACAUCAAUUGCGGCAAGAAAAUCUACUCGAGAAUCGCGAGGGUCUGCAAAAACGAUCGGGGCGGGCAGAUCAUGAUGAAAGAAGUUUGGACGACUUUCAGCAAGGCCCGGUUAAAUUGCUCGCUCCCCGGCGAAUUUCCGUUUUACUACGACGAGAUACAAGGCGCGGUCUAUCAUCCGGAAGAGGGGAUCGUUUACGCGACUUUUACCACGCCCGUAAACGGUAUCGCUGGCUCGGCGAUCUGCGCGUUCAACAUGUCCGCGAUCACCGCCAGCUUCAACGGGCCUUUCAAGCACCAAGAGAACUCGGGCGCGGCCUGGGAGAGGGGCCCGGUACCUCAUCGGUCGCGUCAACGGUGCGGAACGUCCGCGGAUGUCGCUCCGCAUCAGAUCAUCGACAAUCAGCGGUAUCAGCUGAUGGAUGACGGAGUCCAAGGCACGACUCUCGAGCCCCUUCACACCUCGAUCCUCGAGAGGUUCACGCAUAUUGCUCUCGAUCUGACCCCGACCAAAUUGCAUCGCGGUGUCGCGGUGCUCUACGUCGCCACGGAUGUCGGGCUGAUAAAAAAAAUCUCGGUGUUGCCGAGAACCCAGGAGACGUGUAUCGUCGAGGUCUGGGGACCUUUGCCGUCCACACCGUUGUCCUUGCAGUUCCUCAAGGACACGCAGAGUCUGUACGUCGGUAUGGAGACCGGGCUGUUGAGGCUGCCCGCGGUCCAGUGCCAUCGGCAUCGUAGCCGCCAAGCCUGUCUGAAUGCGCAGGAACCGUACUGCGGUUGGAACGAGCAUCUGAUGAUGUGUGCCCCGGCGCCACGACAAAAUCACUUGGCCAAUCAUUGGCACCAGGAGGUGACCAAGUGUCCGGUGCUCACGGACCCCGUGGACGGCGGUUGGAGCGCCUGGAGCUCGUGGUCAUCGUGCCAGCACGGAACUCCGGAUCAUGCUCACCCUCACGGGCACACGCAUUCCCACGGUCAUGUUCACUUCGAGCACGCGGAGACGACGGACAGCUGUCAGUGUCAGACUCGAGAGUGCAAUAAUCCGCCGCCACAACACGGCGGGUCGACGUGUUCUGGCGCCAGGGUCAGGGUAACCAAUUGUACCGUCCACGGCGGUUGGACUGCCUGGUCGGCCUGGUCAGCUUGCUCGCAGACCUGCGGCUUCGCUAUGAGAACGCGUCGACGUUCCUGCACGAACCCAGCUCCAGCUUUUGGGGGUAGAGUAUGCGUGGGUCACGACCACGACGAUAUCGUUUGCAUAGAUCUACCGCCUUGCCCAACCCCGGCAAAGGUCGCGCCACCCCCUCAGAUCGGUCAGUGGUCCCCGUGGGGCGCGUGGAACGCUUGUUCACGACCCUGCAACGGUGGUAUGCGAAUACGAAGGAGAACGUGCGAGAAUCCGUCCCCACGAAAGUCCAACACCGUCGUCGAAUGCAACGGAUGCGACUUUCAGAUCGAGGAAUGCAACAGCCACCAGUGCGUCGAAACCAAGAGGUAUUCCGGUUGGACGCCGUGGCUCGCCGCGAACGCCACCACCCUCCAAAGUGGGAACGUCGGUUACGUAGAGAAACGUUUCCGGUUCAGCUGUAGGGCACAAACGGACGAUCCCUCGAGCGUGAGGGUGCAGCUCGCCAAGGAGGACGAACGUUACUGCCGUAACGACGGCUCCUGUUUGCGAGGUAGCACCAGUCCGAACGGAUACGCCGAUGUCGCGACGGACAGCGGCUGGAGCGAGUGGUCCUCCUGGCGGGCUUGCGAUCGUCCUUGCGGAGGAGGCUCGCAACAUAGAGUCAGACAGUGCGAAUCGCCACCUUGCGAGGGCGGUGUCUCGCUUCAAACGAAACUCUGCAAUAUGCAUCCGUGUCGUACGAGCCCGAGCACGAGCACGGAAAAUGGGCAAUGGUCCUGUUGGACCGACUGGUCCGAGUGCUCGGCCUCGUGCGGCCUCGGUGUACGCACACGGAGCAGAGAGUGUUUGGGCCCGGAGAGCUGCGAGGGACCGCGACUGGUCCGAGAAGCCUGCGAGAUGUCGACAUGCGAGUCCCUCGUCGGAUGGGACUUGUGGUCGCGGUGGACCCCAUGCGACAACGAUCACCAACAGCACCGAAAACGUCAGUGCCUCGAGGACGGGAACGGUAUGUGCCAAGGGCCGAGUAGAGAGAUCCGCGACUGCCUGCCCGAUUGCUCUGAUAACGACGUGAACGCCCUACGAUCGAGCGUGGAACGGUCCGGUGUUACGAUCGGCGCGGUGAUCGGCAGCUGCGUGGUCGGAUUUCUAGUGGGUUUGGCGCUCACCGCGAUACUGAGCUUCUGGUACCUGAAACGGCGACAGCGACGUGUCCCCGGUAGCCCGCACUACGUCACCAAGCAGAAUCCUUACGUGACGGUGCCGUUGAAAGAGGUGAACGCGAAGCGACAGCCUAGCUUCUCCGGCAGCACGAACGGCAACGGGACGCUCCGCGGCAAAAACAAUCCGAACGUAAACGGUCUUGGUAGCCCGAAACUGUACCCGAAGAGCCUCGAUUACGAGUCCGCCACGCUGAAGCGCAACAGCCACGGUCAGCAACAGAUCCGUGUCGAUUUGGAUCAAGACAAAUACUAUUGAACCCGAUCCACCAACGCGACGCGUCGGGAAAAUUUAAAGCAUGAGUCGUUCCUCCGCGUGAAUCGGGUCAAGGAUCAUCACAGUGCCACUAGGACGGACCGACGAGUCCCCCUUCGACGUAGACUGUUCGAUGGUAGACGCUACUGUGAUCGCGAGAUCGCUAUGAAGGCGAGAUCGUGUCGUGAAGCCGCUGAAAUCAUCCGGGAAAGGGUAACUCGAGACUACGUAGGAGGAUGAAGGGGGUCACGAAUGUUGUAUAUAUAGACAAAACAGAACUGUAUUAUGUACUCCCUUUAUUUUAAGGACAGAUGACUUGGAGCUUUAUGUAGAGCAAUUUGGUGCCAUUACGUUACAUGGAUUUUAAUCGCGACGUCGAACUAAUGUGUACGACUAGAAACUGUACUCGGAAUGAGUGAACGCGCGUGUUUGUGUGUGUGCAUGCGUGCAUGUGCGUUCGAGGCACAACGUUUAUUACUUUGUUUUGGCUCACAUUGAGUCACGGAAACGUAUCGGGAGAUGUACGCGCGAAGAAUAACCGAUAAUACCAAUAAAACAACGAUCGUCCACGCGACUGUGGCGUGCG